GCGACAAGAAGCAUCUGCAUAAGCCAAAACGUCAUCUUCCGAAUCGGACAUGUCGGCUGCUGCGUUUCAAUAUAAUCGAGACAUUGCCUCAACUCCCCGAUGGCGAGAGCAUCAUCCUUCACAUCGGUACUCCACCCGGUACCGGCCUUAUGCGAUAACGACUGAUGAUUGCGGCCUACUGACCGCGAAGGACAGCUGCAGUACAGAAGGCGCACCCAGCCUGGUUCAAAACUUCAACGAUCGCGCAGUGCUUUCUGGCCGCGGCGUGGAUAUUGCUGAAGAAGCGUGCGGUGGCGGUGUUGGGUGCGGGAAGAUCAGGGAUUAUAUUGUUUUGUUUUUAUUCAUAGCACAUCUGAGGCAGCCUUCAAUGUCAAAAUUUAUAUUCGGGUCCUGACGGGAGUAUGAUUGUUUGUCUUCGGGCUGCUAGCGGAAAUAAAUUGAAUUACAGUCCACUCACCU